AUGGGUUGGAAGCAGAUCUCCGGUGCUCUCGUGCGAAUCGCUGCUGGAUCGGUCACCAACGUCUGGGGGGUCAACUCCGCUGGCAAUAUCUUUCGCUACACAGGCGAUGACAGCCACCCCUGGGUCCAGAUUCCUGGCACCCUGACGGAUAUUGGUGCUGCUGCUGAUGGCACGGUUUGGGGUGUCAACUCCGCUGGCAACAUCUUUCGCUAUCGCUGGGAAACCAAUCAUUGGAUCCAAAUUCCUGGCACCCUGGUACGAAUCUCCGUUGGAUCGCGCACCAAUGUGUGGGGGGUCAACGCUGCUGGCAACAUCUUUCGUUACACGGGUGACGACAACAAUCCCUGGGUCCAGAUUCCCGGUGCCCUAACCGAUAUUGGAGCGGGUGCCGAUGGCACGGUUUGGGGGGUCAACUCCGCUACUCACGUCUUUCGCUAUACUGGGGAUGAGGGGGAUCCCAGGCACUGGGUCCAAGUUACCGGUUACCUUACUGCGAUCGAUGCUGGAGUGAAAACCAAUGUGUGGGGAGUUAAUCGCGCGGGCAGCAUCUUCACGUACACAGCCGAUGAUCAAAAACCCUGGAUCCAGGUCACUGGUGGGCUUGCGGAUAUUGGUACGGGUGCCGAUGGCGUGGUUUGGGGUGUUAACUCGGCCGGCAAUAUUUAUCGCUGGGUUCGUGAUUAG